CGCUCAUCCCCGCUCUUCCUCUCCCAUCUAUUUUUCCUUUUCUGCAGAUCUCUCCGUCUUCCCUCCCCACUCUCACCGUCCUGAAUCGGCCAUGUCAAGUCAGCCCACCGGCUCCGGCCAACUCAUCCCCCUUCCUCCGCCUGAGGCGGACGCCCUCACCGUCUCCGACCAGUCUCAGAAGGCGUGGCACCUCUUCUCGCUCCUCCUCUCGUUGGGCCGCCCUGCCCAUCUGCUGGAGCUAGCCUCCCUCUGCACGCUAUUCCCCGCGCCGCCCGAGCUCAUCCGCUUCCUCUGCGAAAUUCCUUACUCGCCGAUCCAGCUGAGGAGCGGCCACUGCGUUACGCACUCUCAGACCUCCAUAAUUGCCAUCCGUCAGCUUCUGUCGAACUCGCAUCUAGUCGAUCCUCCCCGACCGCUGAGGAUCGAGAAGGCCUACUACAGGAAGAGGAAGAGGAGCGCGUCUGAGGAUGAUCUCCUGCUGCUCACGAAGAGGAGAGUGAAUCUGUAUCCCGAGGAAGGUGUAGAUGAAUGCUCGAUUUGGUGUUUGGCUGGAGGAAUUCAAGAUCCUUGUAAGAAGGUACAUUUUCUCAUUGGUGGAGAUGGAAUUACAGCUGAGAGACUGGAGAGAAACUUUCUAGGCGUGAGAAGUGAACUGAUGCAGAUGCUGCCCUUGUUUGCUAAUGUUGCCGGACACUCAACCUGGCAAUUAAGGGAUGCUGUGGACAAGGAAUAUCAAGAUGGAACAAGAAUGAAUAUGCAGAGAGUUGUUGUGCAUAAUGCCUGCAAAAUUGAAGAAAUUUCAGAACAAUCAAUUCCGGAAAUUUCACGAUCAGUGAUGGCAUAUCAGGCCACCGAUUCAGCACCCAUUAUUUCCCGUGGAGCAUUGAAGGAUAUUGUUCUGAGCACAGAGGAAAAUAAGGGAGAGAAGGGUUGCUUGGGGAGGGAAAACUUUGGAGAGUCAUCUAGUGUAGCGACCGAGAAAAUGAAUGCUCUAUUUAACGAGAUAGGGUGCAUGACCUAUGGUAAUAAGUCUAUAGCUCUUGGAACAAAUAAAGACGGAAUAACUGCAGAAGCACCACAGAAAGGAUUAUGUACAGGUCAAGGCAGCAGCUUAAGAGAAGUGGAACACCCUUCUCCACUUCCUAACAUCUCUCUAUUAGAUAGGCAACGUGAAAGUGAAUCUAAGAAGCAUGAGGUUAAAUAUGACAAUGUGGUUCCACUCAUGGAGGGUCAGGAGAAUUAUCCAGCACUUGAAUGCUCUCCAUCACAAAAGCCUUUGCUCAAACCGAAUGCCAACAGCAGAGCUGUCCAUGGGGCUGGAGUUUCCUCUAGGAUGCGAGCUCUAUACGAAUCUUUGGAGCAGAAAAAGGCAGCUUCAGCUCCUCGAGAAAAACAGCAAAAUAGAACUCAGAAGUUGAUUAAUGCUGACCGGAAAUUAAAGCAUGCAAACACUGCCAUUUCUGGUCAAGAAAAAAGGGAUAACUCUGCUGCUGCAUCUUCCAAAGACCAAGCUCAGGUGAAGGUACUGCCGAACUUGGAAUCUUAUGUGGUAGAAGAGGAAGAAGGUUCAGGGGGUUAUGGCACUGUUUAUAGGGCUCAUAGAAGAAAAGAUGGAAGAAUUGUUGCCAUAAAAUAUCCUCAUGCAAAGGCUCAGGAGCACCAUAUUGUCAAUGAACUAAAGAUGCUAGAACGAUUUGGGGGCAAAAACUUCAUAAUUAAAUAUGAAGGUUGUUUCAAGAGUGGGAACGCUGAUUGCUUUGUUUUGGAGCACGUUGAGCAUGACAGGCCUGAGGUCCUCAAGAAAGAAAUAGAUAUUCUUCAGCUACAAUGGUAUGCCUACUGCUUGUUCAGAGCACUUGCAAGUCUGCAUAAGCAGGGGGUAGUUCACAGGGAUGUGAAGCCAGGGAAUUUCCUUUUCUCUCACAAGACUAAUAAGGGCUAUCUUAUUGAUUUUAACCUUGCCAUGGAUCUGCAUCAGAAGCAUGCAACAAAAAAUAAACUGAAACUGGGGUGCAAUGGAAGCUUUGAUCCUCUUCCACUUUCCAAUGCUAAACCUCUAUCCCCAAGCAAAAUGAAGUUCCAUGGAGUUAGAUCCUUAGGUGCUGUGAGAAAAGAUGAAAUAAAAGUCUCAAAGUUGCGUUUGGAGGCCAAGAGCUUAAAGAGGAAGUCUAUGGAUCAGACAAAGGCUGGUAAUGAUGUGGGCAGUUGGAACACAGUAAGAAGUCAAGGUGCAGAAGGCUCGGGUGUAACCUCUGCUAGGGAUGUGACGAGCACUAGGACUGCAUCUGCAGAAAGGAUGAGGGAACCUCUGCCACGACAAGGUAGGAAGGAGCUUAUAAGCCUGUUGCAGAAAACAAUGCAUACAAAUAGCGAAGCAUCUAGUGUUCCAGCCCCUAUGAGAAAAAGGAUAGCUGCCCCUCCAGCAAAAAUCGAUGACAAGCUGCUGAUUAUCACUCCAAUGCCUGUACAUUCAACUGGCAUCCCUGUUUGUGGUGCUGGCUUCAGAUCAAGCAAAGGGGAUCACAAGAAAGAAGGACCUUGUGUUGGAACCAAAGGCUUUCGAGCCCCCGAGGUCUUGUUCAGAUCUCCACAUCAAGGUCCUAAGCUCGAUGUAUGGUCAGCAGGGGUCACCUUGCUCUAUCUUGUUAUUGGAAAAAUGCCCUUCUUGGGUGAUCCCGAGCAGAAUAUUAAGGAUAUCGCAAAGUUAAGGGGUAGUGAAGACCUAUGGGAAGUGGCUAAGCUACACAACCGUGAGCUGUCAUUCCCAGUGGACCUCUAUGAUGCACAGCACUUGAUGGCCACGAAUUUACGGGAUUGGUGCCGGAGAAACACAAGGAGACCGGACUUCCUCGAGGUGGUCCCUAGCUCAUUCUUCGAUCUUCUAGACAAGUGCUUGUCGGUGAAUCCUAGGUUGAGAAUCACCGCAGAGGAAGCUCUCAAGCAUGAGUUCUUUGUACCGUGCCACGAGGAGCUAAGGAAGCAGAAGCUGCUCAGGCGGGACUAUCCUUUGGAACCCGAAAUUAGCCACCCCAUCCAUAGAUACAAAACAAAUUUAUUACCGACGGCUGAAAUUUGACAGUAACUUGUCUCCUCAGCCAAUCUCUUAUUGGAAAAGUUAAGUCCCAUAAGAAAUUGAUUCCCAUUAUUAGCUUUGUACAUGUAACAUCAUGUUUGUGUAAGUUUCUUAUUCUUUCAUGUCCAAUGUAAAUGUACAUCGCGUCGGACCAAUCUGGCUAUUUGGCGAAGUCGGACACUUCUCUUCGCAUCUA